CAAGUGGUUGAUCACAUCAUCGAUGAUGUGAUUUGUUUUCUGCAAGUCUGUUUGAAGCGUUUGAAGGACAUGUGCGAACUUGUUCUUUCGUUUCUUUGAUAUACUGUGAAAGUGAAACAUAAAGUAUUUUUAUUUUCAAUUGCUGAUUUUAAUCAAUUGUGAAGUAUAAUUUUAAUUAAUUUAUUUUUAAUUUUAAAAAUAUUGCGAUCUCUUCAGGGAAGAAGGCAUAGACACUUUUAAAUUUAUAAUGGAUAAACGGAGAUUGAUGUUAAGAAACAACAGCUUACAUAAAGAUAUGGAACAGAUUAAUCAAUCGACACAGGAAAACACUUCGUUUCACGAAGAGAGAUUUAUGGAUAUUAGGUCGUCAACAUUGAAACCUAUAAACAUUCAUUCCAAGGGAAAGGACGAUUCCCUCAGUAAGAGUAGGAAACGAAAUUUUUAUGAGACUGAAAAUUAUAUAUUGGAAACGGAUGAGGUUGCUUCGAAAGUGUUGAAGAGGACUUCGAUGUCAAAGCAACAUAAUAGCCAAGUAUCAAAUGCAUCUAAUUUAAAGAGCCAACAGAAGAUUUUGUUAAGAAGCAAUAUAUUGAUGACAAAUAAAUCCUUGGAAGAGCCGGAUAAUAUUCAAUCAAGACUUCAUUCAAAUGCCACUAAUCCAUCUGAUAUCAGUUGUGGUUCUCCUAGUAAAGUGUGUCAUGAAUCAUCCAAGUCUCUUAAACCGAUUACUAAACCUCAAGUUUCUCAAAGAAAGCAGCAAGAUAAAGCUAAAGAAUUUCAAUCAUCUGUAGAGAGACAUAAAAUUUAUAAUAAGGAAUCAGAGGACUAUGUAAUUAAUACAAAGGAAUGUCUCCCAGAGAGACAGAAUAUCCAUGUAUCAUCUGUUUUUUCUAGUUUUCUACAGAAAUGUUGUAUUAAAUUGUCAGCUGAUGGUAUACAUACACUUGGGGUUCCUCCAUCCAUCGCUAAACGAAAGAUGAAGAAAAUUUUGAGCUCAAAGCAAUAUCAAAAAAAGGAUGUAAUUGAUUCGAUAGAAGAAUACAUCAGAAAUGAAAAGAAUUUUGAAAAAAUGUUGAAUGAUAUGGAAACAUCUACUGACAAUAACGGCUUUGGUGUUCUGAGCAAAGUAACUCUUGCAAGAAUUCUAUUAGAAGUCUCAGAGAUUCAAGCAGACAUAUAUAAUAUCUUUAUAUCUAAACUUAAUGAAUCUCUUCUUUUAGCAGACUCUUUAGAGCAAGUACCUUGGGCUGUAUUACUGUUACAUCAAUUUCGUUUUUUGGAUACUAUAACUGACGUUGAUAUAUUAACUACAAAUAUACAACAGCUGUUAGAAACGUGUCCACUGUGGUUUCAACAGGAGCUUAUCUUGUUUCUGCCCGACAUUUUGUCAGAUACUCAGCAUCAAAUAAUCGCUGAAGUCUUAACGAAAAUGUUGGAAGAAAAUUACGAAUUGACAAAUAUUAUUUUGAAUUGUAUUGCCAGUUUUAAUCUUGGCAAAGAGUACUUAGAAGAAUAUAAAAUUAAAGUGUUACAUUUGUUAAAAACGAAUAUGAAAAUAGAACUUAUACCAAUUGUUAUCAGGUUUCUUUUAAACGACUGUGUAUGUUCCGAUAUUGUCAAACAAAUGUUGCUUAUUUUGCGUAACAUUGAAAUGCAACCUCUUGCUGGCGACAAAGCUGAAGAUUGUUAUAAAAACCAAGUGCAGAUAAUUAAAAUGUUAAAGAUAUGUCUGUCGUUAGCUAAAGAUAUGACGGACGUCGCGAUAACAGUAAUAAAAGAUAUUAAUAAAAAUCCAAAACCAUUGGAUUUAAUUAUUUUGCUUUUAAUAUUCUCUGGGACAAUAAGGCAAAAAAAUGCGGAAGCUUUAUUGAAGCAAAAUAUACGAUGUGGUUUUUACAGGAUAAGUUUACUUCAUAUACUUUACAAUAAUUAUAAAGAGAUUGUUCGAGAAUUACAAUUGCCAAUCUUGCAAUUGGCUGGUAAAUUGUUAAAAUCUGAAGAACGCGUGUUUACUAUUUUUGCUAUAGAAUGGUUUCGAUUGCAGUUUCUCAGUCAAAGAGAGACAUCAUUCAAGCAACGCGAGGUUAUAAAAAAUAUCAUUCUUCUCAUGGGUAAUAAUGAUCAAACUGUAAAACAUGCAUUGACUGUGCUUUGCAAAAUAUCGGAGAAUACAACGGAAAGAGAUUGUUUAGUAUCGCACUGUGAUCACUUGAGAAUUUUACUAGAAAAAAUAGAUUGCUUUGGAUUGGAAGAAGUUGGAACUUUGAGCGACUUAUUGCAUGGAUUGUGCUUGGCUGACGAUUUGACCUCAGAAUCUUUACGAGACGAUUUAUUUAUAUUAUUACAAAAACAAUUAUCCACUGCUAAACCAAUUACAAAAUGUAAGGGCGUCAUGGGAGCAGUUAUGGCAAUAAAACAUUUAGCAGGAAAAGCUGAAACAUGUGAUCAAGCUUUGAAGCUGUUUAAUAAGGUAAUGAAGAGCGUAAAGAGUUGUUGUAAAUCGCAGCCUCUGUUUUAUGAUCAACUAGCACAAGUAAUUGCAGAAACUGAACUUAAUAAUGAUUUCGUUCAAAAAAUUAAUAACUGCAUCGAAAAUGAGUUUGUUAAUACAUAUAUGAUAGAUAAAGUACAAUCCAGGGACGAUUUAGUACCUAAAUUUGGAUUAAACAAUGCAGAAAACGAACUACAAAACUGCAUAUUAAAUUUUGGAAAUAGAAGAACUGGUCCAAUAGCACCAAUAUUAUUUCGACUUCUUAAAACUUGUUGUAUUAGGCUUAGUGAACAUGAAGAAUUGGAGGCUAUAGAUGCUCUUUUGGGAUGCGAAAUGUUAAUGCCACAAAAUUUUGAUAUACCAGAACCUUCAACGUUAGAUCUUAUUGUAUGCAGCAUUAAUUGGCUUAGAGAGAUAAUUUCGGGCUUUGUUACGCAAACGGAUCUUCUCUUGCGAGAACAAGUACUAAAACGUUUAAACACCUUGAUAUACUUGCAAAGUGAAUUGAAUAUGCUGUUGACUUUCUGUGAUACCAAAUAUCAGCCACCACUGUGUUACUUCCAUUAUUUUCCGCUGCCACCGUUUGUAAAAAUUGAAAGGAAGAUUAGUAAGAAAGGAAAGAAAUCUGCAAAAGAAAACAAAACAAACACUUUUGUGACAACAGAAAACGAAUCCUGGGAAAUAGGUUCCAUGCUGACUUCCAAAAAUCCAGCAUAUUUCAGAAAAUUUGAUGCAAAGAUAGCCUAUCUUUUGGACAUCAAAGUAGAAGAGUUGUCCUCCCAACCUAAAACAUCAGGCAUAUCAAUAAAACAAGUAUGUUUUGUUGUAAAAGAACUUUUGGUGAUACUCGAGAAUGAACCUUCUGAGUGUAUUGUGAAAGAUUUAAUACAUUUAUCACCAAAAAUCUGCUCAAAAUUGGAUGAUAUUGUAUGCAGAUUAAGACAAGACGAUAAUCAUAAUUUUCGAAAUGGUGCAAAAUUAUUGUUGCAUCUUCUUACUCGUAUUUUUAAUUGGAAAGGAUUUUCAAGUGUAACAUACAACACAUUGCUACGUGAUGGAUUACGUAAUUUGGCUAAACAAGUUAAUGAAGAAAACUCUCGAUUGAGGUCUUGCAAAGAACUUGUUGCAGAAUCAUACAAAUAUUUUGAAUCGUUAUCAGAUAUUGCUACCGAAAUAGCAUUAGCUACUGCUCUUGUCAACAUGUGCCAAUCGUUAAUGAAACAUUCUGAAACCUAUGUCCAUGAGUAUAAGGAUAAACAUGCAAAAUUAGCGUACGGAUUUCUUUGUCUGGAAUGGGCGGAGGAUAAACAUACUGGUCCUCAAUAUAAAUUAUCCGUUAUUCAGUUAUUAAAUAAUUGGAUGGAUAAUGAACCGUCGCCACUAGACACAGUAACAUCAGUUUUGGAAUGGUUACCAGAUGAAAUCUGUAAUUUUGAAAAUAUUCAAAGUUCUUUAACAAGGAUACCUUCUGUGAAGAAAAAUAUUUUUUAUUUGUUAUAUAAAAAAAUGUUUGACGGUUUAAUUAGAGGUAUUAAUAUAUCAUUGUCAACGGUCAACUCAGAUCCACAGAGAAUAAAAGUGUGGCAUAAUGUUGCUUUAAAUGUUCAAAAACUUAUGCAAAUUUGUAAAACUUUGAAAACAAGGACUACUAUACAAAUAUUUUUGCAAUACAUGCCACCAUUGAUAAAACAAUUUCUAAAUACUGGUAUGCCAAUACUUGAACAUAAUCUAAAGUAUCAAGCUGACGACGUAACUGGUAUUCUAAAAAUGAUGCAAAGUGGUACACGAUAUUUACAUGCUGUAUGUUGCGACUGUACGGAGAAAAAGAAUUUACCAUUGUUUAAAUAUGUGCCUACAGCGAAAUCUGCACUAGAGAAAAUGGUUUACAGUGUUAAAGGGAUGAUGGUCCUUAAUGAUAGCGCAACAGCGUUUUGGAUGGGAAAUCUUGUCAAUAAGAAUUUAGAUGGCCGUGAAAUUCUUUCGCAGACAUCAUCUGAUGAAAAUGCUUUACCAGACAUAAAUACAAACUCUGAAGAAUUUGUGAAUGCAUCAUCCGAAAUUUUGGAUUCUGAUUUAGACGAAAAUCCAUUGGAAGAGACAGAAGACGAAAAUGAUGAUAUUGAUGAUUUGUAAUUGUGUAAUAAAUAUGGAAAAAUAUGUAAUCUGUGUUCUACGAUUUAAUAAUACAAAAAUAAUAAACUAUUAUGCUAUUACGACACUUAA